AUGUCUCCACCAAUCUAUCAGCACAAGUUUCGCAUUGUCUUCAAAGAUGAACCAGGUGCAGAAGAUACUGGGAGACAUACAGCUGCCGCAAAGGCCGCCCAGUCAUCCCACCAGAAUUUGUGUGGUGUUGUAGACGUGGGAGAAACUGGCAUCAAAAUUCGAGACCACACUCGCAAGACUGUCACAAAGGUCGGUACAAUAAUCAUGAAAAAGAAGAGCACUCGCAAGGUCGGUUGA